AUGUCAGACGUCCCUCCACCGCCCCCCCCCGGCUGGGGCCCGCCUCCUCCUCCGCCGCCUCCUCCGCCUCCCUCCUCGUCGAUGCCCCCCCCUCCGUCGAUCGCCAAGUUCACGCAGAAGAAGAAGGAAUGGCUUCGGAGCCAGCGCAACAGAUUUGGCGAGAAGCGAAAGGCCGGCAGCGUUCAGACUCAAAAGGCCGACAUGCCGCCCGAGCACCUGCGAAAAAUCGUCAAAGACAUCGGCGACGUCUCCCAGAAAAAAUACACAAAUGACAAGAGAAGCUAUCUCGGCGCCCUCAAGUUCAUGCCACACGCGGUCAUGAAGCUCCUCGAGAACAUGCCCAUGCCGUGGGAGUCGGCGCGAGAGGUCAAGGUUCUCUACCAUGUCAACGGCUGCCUGACACUGGUGAAUGAGAUUCCCCGUGUCAUCGAGCCCGUCUUUUUUGCGCAGUGGGCCAUGAUGUGGACGUUUAUGCGCAAAGAAAAGGCCGACCGAAGACUGUUCAAGCGCAUGCGCUUCCCCCCCUUCGAUGACGAAGAACCGCCCCUGUCGUGGUCCGAGAACAUUGAAGACGUCGAGCCCCUCGAGCCUAUCCAGAUGGAGCUUAACGAUGAAGAGGACGAAGCCGUCUACGAGUGGUUCUACGACCACCGCCCACUCCUAGACACGCCGCAUGUCAACGGCCCCAGCUACAAAACUUGGAACCUGACACUGCCUCAAAUGGCCACGCUGUUCCGUCUCAGUCGAUCGCUCGUCUCCGAAGUUGUGGACAAGAACUACUACUACCUCUUCGAACUCAAGGGCUUCUUGACGGCCAAGGCCCUCAAUGUCGCUCUCCCUGGAGGACCACGGUUCGAGCCCCUCUACAAGGACAUCGACCCCAACGACGAGGAUUUUGGCGAGUUCAACGCAAUCGACCGCAUCAUCUUCCGCAACCCCAUUCGCACGGAAUUCCGCGUCGCGUAUCCCUACCUCUACAACUCACUUCCUCGCAGUGUCCACCUCUCCUGGCACUCUCACCCGCAGGUUGUCUUCAAUCGGGCCGACGAUCCAGAUCUCCCGACGUUCCAUUUCGACCGGCGGAUCAACCCCAUUUCGUCGCGAACCGUGGCCCCGAAGAAUGUGGACGUGCCUCACGAAGACGAGCUUUUCGGAUCGGGAAGAAACGAGGAGGCUGAAGAUGAAGCGUUCGAACUGCCUGCCGAUGUGGAGCCCUUUCUUGUGGAAGAGGAGCUUGAUGGCGAUGACACUUCGGCAGCCAUUGAGCUGUGGUGGGCACCGUACCCCUUCAACAGACGCUCUGGCCGCAUGGUCCGCGCCCAGGAUGUCCCCCUCAUCAAGCAGUGGUAUCUUGAGCACCCCCCUUCUGAUCGGCCGCCUGUCAAGGUUCGAGUCUCGUAUCAGAAGUUGCUGAAGAACUUCGUCCUUAACGAGCUCCACAAGAAGACCCCCAAGGCACACAACAAGCAGAACCUGCUCAAGUCGCUGAAGCAGACAAAAUUCUUCCAGCAGACCAGCAUCGACUGGGUAGAAGCAGGCCUGCAAGUCUGCCGCCAGGGCUUUAACAUGCUGAAUCUCCUCAUCCACCGCAAGAACCUCACCUACCUCCACCUCGACUACAACUUCAACCUGAAGCCCGUCAAAACCCUCACAACCAAGGAGCGGAAGAAGUCCAGAUUCGGAAACGCUUUCCACCUGAUGCGGGAAAUUCUGAGACUGACCAAGCUCAUUGUGGAUGCUCAGGUCCAGUAUCGCCUGGGCAACAUUGAUGCCUUUCAGCUGGCCGACGGCAUUCUCUAUGCCUUCAACCACGUCGGACAGCUGACUGGCAUGUAUCGAUACAAGUACAAGCUCAUGCAUCAGAUCCGGACGUGCAAGGACCUGAAGCAUCUUAUUUACUAUCGAUUCAAUGCUGGUCCUGUCGGCAAGGGCCCGGGCUGCGGCUUCUGGGCUCCUGCAUGGAGAGUGUGGCUGUUCUUCAUGCGAGGCAUAAUCCCUCUCCUCGAAAGAUGGCUCGGAAAUCUCCUAUCCCGCCAGUUUGAGGGCCGUCAUAGCAAGGGUGUUGCUAAGACUGUGACGAAGCAGCGUGUUGAGUCUCAUUUCGACCUCGAGCUCCGCGCGUCCGUAAUGGCCGACCUCAUGGACAUGAUGCCGGAGGGCAUCAAGCAGAACAAGGUCAACACGGUGCUCCAGCAUUUGUCUGAGGCCUGGCGAUGCUGGAAGAGCAACAUUCCGUGGAAGGUCCCUGGCUUGCCGGCUCCGAUCGAGAACAUCAUUCUGCGGUACGUCAAGUCAAAGGCCGAUUGGUGGAUCUCGGUGGCGCAUUACAACCGCGAGAGAAUCCGGCGAGGAGCGACGGUGGACAAGACUGUCGCAAAGAAGAACGUCGGUCGCUUGACGCGACUGUGGCUCAAAGCCGAACAGGAGCGGCAACACAACCACAUGAAGGAUGGCCCCUACGUCUCAUCAGAGGAGGCAGUGGCUAUCUACACUACGACUGUCCACUGGCUCGAAUCGCGAAAGUUUUCACCCAUCCCCUUCCCCAGUGUCUCGUACAAGCACGACACCAAGAUCCUGAUCCUUGCCCUCGAACGACUGCGAGAAGCAUAUUCGGUCAAGGGGCGUCUCAACCAAAGCCAGAGAGAGGAGCUGGCUUUGAUUGAGCAAGCUUACGACAGUCCCGGUACCACGUUGGAGAGGAUCAAGCGGUUCCUGCUCACCCAGCGAGCGUUCAAGGAAGUCAACAUUGAUAUGAACGACAACUACAGCACAAUCAACCCGGUGUACGACAUUGAACCCAUCGAGAAGAUUAGCGACGCGUACUUGGACCAGUAUCUCUGGUACCAAGCUGAUCAGCGGCACCUUUUCCCGGCGUGGAUCAAGCCGUCCGACUCGGAGGUUCCGCCGCUGUUGGUGUAUAAGUGGGCCCAAGGCAUCAACAACCUGAGCCAGGUGUGGGAGACCAAGGAUGGGGAGUGCAACGUUAUGAUCGAGACAGAGCUGUCCAAGGUCUACGAAAAGAUGGAGUUGACACUGCUCAACUCGCUGCUGAGAUUGAUCAUGGAUCACAACUUGGCCGAUUACAUCACCGCCAAGAACAAUGUCCAGCUCACGUACAAGGACAUGAACCACGUCAACAGCUACGGAAUGAUCCGCGGCCUUCAGUUCUCUGCGUUUGUGUUCCAGUACUACGGGCUCGUCCUGGACCUCCUGCUCCUGGGCCCGCAGCGGGCGAGCGAGAUUGCGGGCCCGCCCCAGAGCCCCAACGACUUCCUGCAGUUCCGAGAUCAAGAGACGGAGACGAGACAUCCCAUUCGCCUCUACAGCCGCUACAUUGACAAGAUAUGGGUUUUCCUGCGAUUUACGGCUGAAGAGUCCAGGGAUCUCAUUCAGCGGUUCCUCACGGAGCAGCCUGACCCCAACUUUGAGAACGUCAUUGGCUACAAGAGUAAGAAGUGCUGGCCGAGAGACUCGCGCAUGCGCUUGAUGCGGCAUGAUGUGAAUCUUGGCCGAGCAGUCUUUUGGGAUCUCAAAAACCGCCUGCCUCGGUCUGUUACCACGAUCGACUGGGAUGACAGCUUCGUCAGUGUGUACAGCCGCGACAACCCCAACCUGCUGUUCUCGAUGAGUGGCUUCGAAGUCCGGAUUCUCCCCAAGAUCAGGAACAGGAACGACGAAUUCGCGGUCAAGGACAGCGUGUGGUCUCUGGUGGACAACACGACAAAGGAGAGGACGGCGUAUGCGUUCUUGCAGGUCACAGAGGAAGACGUCCAGAAGUUCAACAAUCGCAUCCGGCAGAUCCUCAUGUCUUCUGGCUCCACCACGUUCACCAAGAUUGCCAAUAAGUGGAACACGGCUCUGAUUGCGCUCUUCACCUACUAUCGUGAAGCUGCGGUCUCCACCAUCGAUCUCCUGGAUACGAUUGUCAAGUGCGAAACCAAGAUCCAGACCAGAGUCAAGAUCGGACUUAACUCCAAGAUGCCUUCGCGUUUCCCCCCGGCAGUCUUCUACACGCCCAAGGAACUCGGCGGCCUGGGCAUGAUUUCCGGCUCUCACAUUUUGAUCCCCGCGAGCGACAAGCGCUGGUCCAAGCAGACCGACACGGGCGUCACGCACUACCGAGCCGGCAUGUCGCACGACGAGGAGACGUUGAUCCCCAACAUCUUCCGAUACAUCAUACCUUGGGAGUCCGAGUUCAUCGACUCCCAACGUGUCUGGACGGAGUACUCUCAAAAGAGACAGGAGGCGAAUCAGCAAAACCGUCGCUUGACGCUGGAAGACCUUGAGGACAGCUGGGAUCGCGGCCUGCCCAGAAUCAACACGCUCUUCCAGAAGGAUCGGAGCACGUUAAGCUUCGACAAGGGGUUCCGCGCCCGAGCAGAGUUCAAGAUCUACCAGCUCAUGCGCAGCAACCCGUUCUGGUGGACCAGCCAGCGACAUGACGGCAAACUGUGGAAUCUGAACGCCUAUCGUACAGAUGUUAUCCAAGCUCUAGGUGGUGUGGAGACGAUUCUGGAGCAUACCCUCUUCAAGGCGACCGGAUUCCCAUCCUGGGAGGGUCUCUUCUGGGAGAAGGCUUCAGGAUUUGAAGAGUCCAUGAAGUUCAAGAAGUUGACCAACGCCCAAAGGUCCGGUCUCAACCAAAUUCCUAAUCGGCGCUUUACCCUCUGGUGGUCGCCGACCAUCAACCGAGCCAACGUGUACGUCGGUUUUCAGGUGCAGCUUGAUCUCACAGGCAUAUUCUUGCAUGGCAAGAUUCCGACCCUCAAGAUCUCCCUCAUCCAGAUCUUCCGCGCGCAUUUGUGGCAGAAGAUUCACGAGUCCGUUGUCAUGGACCUCUGCCAGGUGUUUGAUCAGGAGAUAGAGUCGCUUGGUAUUGAAACCGUGCAGAAGGAAACCAUCCAUCCCCGAAAGUCGUACAAGAUGAACAGCUCUUGCGCGGACAUUCUUCUUUUCGCCAGCCACAAGUGGAACGUUACGCGGCCGUCGCAACUGCACGAUACCAAGGACGUAAUUGAGUCCACGACGACCAACAAGUUUUGGAUCGACGUGCAGCUCCGGUAUGGUGAUUACGAUUCUCACGACAUUGAGCGUUAUACACGCGCCAAGUAUCUGGACUACACGACCGACAGCGCAAGCAUCUACCCGUCCGCCACCGGACUGAUGAUUGGCAUCGACCUCGCCUACAACCUGUACGCGGCCUUUGGCAUGUACUUUCCGGGGCUGAAGAUUCUUGUCCAGCAAGCCAUGGCCAAGAUCAUGAAGGCAAACCCGGCACUCUACGUCUUGCGUGAGCGUAUUCGCAAGGGCUUACAGCUGUACGCAUCCGAGAGCAACCAGGAGUUCCUCAACUCGCAGAAUUACUCGGAGCUGUUCAGCAACCAGAUCCAGCUCUUCAUUGACGACACCAACGUCUAUCGCGUCACCAUCCACAAGACGUUUGAAGGCAACUUGACCACCAAGCCCAUCAACGGCGCCAUCUUCAUCUUCAAUCCCCGAACCGGACAGCUCUUCUUGAAGAUUAUCCACACCAGCGUCUGGGCAGGACAGAAGCGUCUGGGUCAGCUCGCCAAGUGGAAGACUGCCGAAGAAGUGGCAGCCUUGAUUCGGUCACUGCCCGCCGAGGAGCAGCCGAAGCAGCUGAUUGUCACGCGCAAGGGCUUGCUGGAUCCCCUCGAGGUUCAGCUUGUUGACUUCCCCAACAUCUCCAUUCGGGCUUCGGAGCUGCAGCUCCCGUUCCAAGCUGCAAUGAAGGUGGAGAAGCUGGGAGACAUGAUUUUGCGAGCCACGGAGCCUCAGAUGGUGCUGUUCAACCUGUACGACGAGUGGCUUAAGAGCAUCUCGUCCUACACGGCCUUUUCUCGUCUGAUCCUCAUCUUGCGUGCUCUGCACGUCAAUCCGGACAAGACGAAGAUGAUUCUGCGGCCGGACAAGACCGUCAUCACCCUGGAUCAUCACAUUUGGCCGUCGCUCUCGGACGAGGAGUGGAUCAAGGUGGAAACGCAGCUUCGGGACCUCAUCUUGAACGACUACGGCAAGAAGAACAAUGUCAACGUGUCGAGCUUGACGAGCAGCGAAGUCCGCGACAUCAUCCUGGGCAUGGAAAUCUCGGCGCCAUCCAUGCAGAGACAGCAAGCGGCCGAGAUCGAGAAGCAGCAACAAGAGCAGCAGCAGCUGACAGCGGUGACGACCAAGACGCAGAACGUGCACGGAGAGGACAUCAUUGUCACGACGACGUCCAAUUUCGAGCAGCAGACGUUUGCGUCCAAGACGGAGUGGCGGACCAGGGCGAUUGCGACGUCGAACCUGCGGGCGAGGACCAAGAAUAUCUACAUUUCGUCGGUGGAUAACGACUUGGACGACGUGACAUACGUGAUGCCCAACAACAUCAUCAAGCGAUUCAUCACGAUUGCGGACCUGCGGGUGCAAGUGGCGGGUUACCUCUACGGGUCCUCGCCGCCGGACAAUGAUCAGGUGAUGGAGAUUCGGUGUAUCGUCAUGAUACCCCAGAUCGGCGGGCAGCGCACCGUGCAGCUGCCCAAGGAGCUGCCGCGGAGUCAGUUCCUGGAGGGCAUGGAGCUGCUCGGCAUCAUCCACACCGUCUCGGGCAACGAAUUGCCGUACAUGUCUGCCGCCGACGUGACGGAGCAUGCCCGACUGUUGGAUUCCCACAACGAAUGGGACAAGACCAACACGGUUACAGUGUCGGUCUCCUUCACGCCGGGCAGUGUGUCCUUGUCGGCGUGGGGCCUCACCCCCCAAGGCUACAAGUGGGGCGCGGAGAACAAGGACACGCAGACGGAGCAGCCUCAAGGGUUCACGACGACGAUGGGGGAGAAGCGCAAGCUGCUCCUCAGCCCGCGGUUCAGGGGGUUCUUCCUCGUGCCAGACGACAACAAGUGGAACUACAGCUUCAUGGGCAGUGCCUUUGCAGGGAUGGAGAAGAAGCCGGUGCACGUCAAGCUCGACACGCCGCUGUCCUUUUACAGCGACCAGCACCGACCGGUUCAUUUCCAGAGCUUUUCCGAGUUGGAGGAUAUUUGGGUGGACCGGCCAGACAACUUUGAGUAA